AACUUUAGAUUUAUUUUAAUCGCAGACAUGACAGGUUUGGUUUUCUUUUUUAUAGCUUGCAUUUCGUUUGGUUCAGCUACUGUUCUGACUGAUAUUGAAGCUGUCAGUUUGGAAGCUUUGCCUGGCUUUGAGGCGAUUUUGCAAGUCGAAAGAGACCAACCAGUGCAAAUUAAAGUUGCUUUAAAAAUUAGAAACAACGGGAAUGCAAAUAUACCUCCUCCAAUUAAACCACUUGAAAAUAAUUUUGCUUUUCGACUUGACGUUGUGUCUAAAAAUGAGGGCAGUAGUGUACAGUCAUGGCAAGUGUCUUCUUCAGACGAUACUGUUACAUCUCUAAAUAUUAAUCAAGUGAAAACAGUGACUUUGGGAUGCACCAUAAAUAUUUCCUCCGCCCAAUGUAGUAAGCAACUAGAAAUUUGCGGCUGUAUAAAAAGCGAGAGAAUAAAUGUACCUUUAAAAUCUGGCAGAAGAAUGUUAAAAAGUUCAUUUACAGAUUCUAAUGAAGAAAAUGAUAUCAUUUGUAUGCCUUUAUCGUGUAAAUCUGUGCCCGGGGCGGAAGGCGAUCCUCAUUUUUUGGUUUAUGGCAGCCUUAGCAAAUUACCACUUUGUUUUGAUAUUAUUGGUAGAGCUGGGGAAGAGCUCAUCUUAUUAAAUGAUACUAAAGCUGGUUGGUCUGUUUCUGCGCAUGUUUUAGAUGACAGAUAUUUUCAUGCAGUCUCAGUAAGAUCUGCAAACAAUGUUGUAAUGAUAACAACAGAUAAAGUAGUUAAUACCAGUUUGACUUGGGGCAAUUUUGGUGGUUAUGUUAUGGGCAACAUACAUUUGAGCAUGGGCAAAUCAAAAGAUGAAAAGUCUAUGAUGGUAACAACAGGAAAAUCAUCCAGAACUAUGGUUGUAAGAGUUAAUUUAGCUAAACAUUUUGAUAAGAGGGAACAUCUAGACAUUCACAUUGAAGAACAUGACGAAAUGGAUGAAUAUAUUGGGGGAAUAUUGGGUGAGGCAAAAAAAAAUUACCUGGGUUCCGAAAAUAGUGUUCAAUUUGACCAGCCAUAUGGUGCUGUUUUUAUAAAAGAAAAAUAUUUUCCAGCUAAAUUGGCUACACGUGGAGGAUCCCGAUGCUGGUUGGUAGCUCCUAGUCAGGCUCUUUAUCCAUUUAAAGUUAGAGAUUUUAUUCAAUAUUAA